AGCUUGUCCAGGAUUCCGAACAAUAGAUUUGUGUCCUUUAUUCAGCAUCUGGCGGCACAUUCUCUUCGUGCUGGCGUCAACAUGACAGGAAAUGGCUCGGGCAGGAUGUAAUCAACCGACCAUAAAGCAGAAACGUAGCUCCAAUGGUUUGUUCUAAGUGCGAGAAGAAGUUCAGAAAGGGAGGACCUGCACCAGAUCCUUGGAAGGAGGGCAGCAGCACUGACAAGAGGAAACUGAACGAGAACAAACUAUUGAGCAAGUCGAAAAGAUUACAGCCGUACCAACAGAAGUGCGUCACAUGCAAAACCACUCUCCACGACGCCCAGGCGCAAUAUUGCCAAUCAUGUGCCUAUUCCAAGGGGAUUUGUCAUAUGUGCGGCACCCAGAUUUUGGACCUCAGCGGUUACAAGCAGAGCGCAAAGUGAACACUGUGAAGGAUGCGGAGCAGCUCAGCAUGGCAUUUGGCACAUUUCUCGCAUUCCAAUGCUGAAAGUGUGGACACUUUGUUUCGGAUUGCCUGCUAAAUUCUGCUUUAAAUGCAUGCAUUGAAGGUCGAUAGCAGAAAGAAGGACGGUGGCAUAGUAGGAUAUAUUUUCUGUAUAUGACACAGCAUUCGCUGAGUGCAAAGCACACAGUGGGAGAAGGAUGCUGCCCUGACUUGUUGCAACUAGCAGUGGC